ACUCGGGUCCUCCAGCAGCCGCCAGACGUCUUUACCGAUCGCCGGAAAAGUAGACGAGAGAUUCAACACUUGGUUUUUAUUUUUCGAUUCGGCAGUAUUUCAUUUUCAAACCUCACACAAUGGCAUUAGAAACAGUUCCUAAGGACCUCCGCCACCUGCGGGCCUGUCUGCUCUGCUCCCUUGUAAAGACGAUCGACCAGUUUGAAUACGACGGCUGUGACAACUGUGAGUCCUACCUCCAGAUGAAGGGGAACCGGGAGAUGGUCUACGAGUGCACGAGUUCUUCAUUUGACGGGGUGAUCGCUAUGAUGAGCCCCGAGGACAGCUGGGUGGCAAAGUGGCAGAGGAUAGGCAACUUCAAGCCAGGGGUUUAUGCUGUGACAGUCACAGGACGGCUACCUCCAGGUGUUGUGCGAGAGCUGAAGAGCAGAGGGGUGAUCUACAAAUCCAGAGACACAGCAGUGAAGACAUAAGGCUGAUUGCUGCCUCUUUACAUCAUCCGAUUGGUUACAUCAGAGCAGCAGCAUCCUGCAGCCUUGAUUCCAGGCAGACAGCACACAAAUGGAACUGAUUUUGUUUGCAAAAAUCAAGGACAAGUACUGCUUACCUUUCCAUGUGUCUGUGGUGUCUAAACUUUCAGUUUUUGUAGAUUUCAAACCUGUCUAUGUUGUGACUGUAGAUAACAGGAUGGGUGUAUAUUGGGAAGUGGAAGAGAGUUUUUUUUCCUGAUUUCUUUCAUUUAUUUGUGCAAUUGAUGGAGAAUAAAGAUGUGUUGUUGUUGUUUUUUUAAUUACAAA